AUGCCGUUCCCCUACUUCGACAACAUCAGCACCGACUUCACCGGUACCUGGACCAGCCCACGAAAGCGCAAAAAAACAGCAGAGCCCGACUCUAUUCCAAUACCACUCUCGCCCACUCCCAAACGCACAAAGACGCCAUGUCCCCACUCCAUGACCGUCCUCCGCUCAACUCGCCAACUCGCAGCGGAAAAUAGGACAUGCCCCGUUUGUCUUGAAGACUACUUCAGCACGCCGCCCGACCAGGAAAGGAUCGUGCCGGUAAAAAUGGCCUGCUCGCACAUCUUCUGUCGCAGCUGUAUCGAGACACACCUCUCGAGCUCGAUGUCCUGUCCGCUUCCUUGGUGCGCGUCAUGCCUCCCUCUGGACCCAGAAUCCUGCGCGCUAUGCACGGCCUGGCAAAAGGACCAUGCUGCGCAGCCGCCCCUAGUGGUCACAGUACGGGCCUCUGAGAUGCUGGGCAGUAUCAAGUCGGCACUCGGGCAACUCUCUCUCGAACAUGAUGUCUACAUGCUGCCCAACUCUGCAAAGGACAAGCUACUCCAGCACAUCAAGCACACGCUGCGGAAGUACGAAUGGCAAUUCCACUCUGACGUCGACCUCGCGGAGCUCCUGGAUCCGUUUCUCCUCGCCAUUGAUCCUGAUGCUGCGCGUGAGCACUUUGGUCCAGCCAUCUCGUCACCAGCGCCUGAUCCUAGGGUCUUUCCUCCUCGCGAACACGACCCGGACGACUAUGAGAUGGGGGCUGAGCCGUGGAUUGCGGCCUUUUUGAGGGCAUGGGCGCUCGAGUAUGUCAAGGAGAAUGGGGAGGUGGAGGAGGGGUGGGGAGUUUGGAGUAGGAAGAAGAACGGAGAGGGGGGCGAGGAGGAAGAUGCGAGUUGGGAAUGGCCGUAUAAAAGGAUUCUGGCGCAUAGAAUGGCGGACAAGGGCGGACGGGAGUAUUUGGUCAAGUGGGUAGGGAGACGGUAUUGGAGCAGUUGGAUCGAGGGCGGGAUGUUGGAUGUGGAAGCGAGGACGGCAUAUGACGACUUGCACGGGCUUGGGCGGGAUGGCGUUGAACAAGAAAAGGGUGGAAAGCGUGGCAAGCGAAAGAAGAGCGAUGUAGAAGAAGAGGAGGAGGAGGAGGAGGAGCAAAUGAGCAACACAUCCACCAACCACAACCCAGCCUGGCCCUAUGCAAUACCCGCCAACCGGGACCACGCGCCUCCAUCCUCCAUGCCACCAUGCUCCAUCUUCCCUCCUCGUAGGCAACAGCACGCACCCAAGCCAUCCCGAGCACACGGUCUCGGUACGAGCACUGGCAGGGCAAUUGGGGCUGGCACCGGUGACUCGGUACUCGGUAUGCUAUGUAUGCUACCUGUGCCCAGACUGCGGUGCGCGAAGGUGGGGAAAAAGUAA